ACGGGGGAGGGAGGUGGGUAAAAGCGCCGCGUUGGCGCGGCUUGUCCCCUCCGCCGCGUUACUCUCUUGCUGUGGCGGGGGCCCGGCUGCGCUCUCGCGCCUCCCCCCCCCCCCGCUUCUCCGGCAGCCAGGGCUCCGUCUGUCCCCAUGGCCGCGGCGCAGCUGCUGCUGCUGCUGCUGUGCGCGUCGUCGCUCCCGUGCGGGGCCCCAGCCUCCCCCAAGGCCGUGACGGCCCGUCUGGCGGCGAAGUGGCCGGCGACCUCCCUGCUGUUGGAGGCGAGUGAAUUUAUUGCAGAAGAAGAUAAUGAGAAGUUUUGGCAGUUUUUGGAAACUGUACGAGAAUUAACAAUUUAUAAGCAAAGAGAUUCAGAACAUUCUUACUACAACUUAAUCUUGAAGAAAGCAGGACAAUUUUUAUCCAAUUUGCAGAUCAAUCUCUUGAAGUUUGCCCUUUCCAUAAGGGCAUACUCACCAACUGUUCAGAUGUUUCAACAGAUUGCAGCUGAUGAACCUCCACCAGAAGGUUGCAGUGCAUUUGUGGUUAUCCAUGAAAAGCGCACCUGUAAGACUAACGAAAUUAAAAAACUUCUGAAGAAGGCAACUAAGAGGCCCAGGCCAUAUCUGUUUAUAAAGGAGCAUAAGUUCCCUACACUCAAUGAAAAUGUUCCUGUGGUUAUUCUUUAUGCAGAAAUUGGUACAAAAGACUUUGUUAAAUUUCACACAAUUUUGUCUGAAAAAGUGCAAAAGGAGGAAAUUGUUUAUAUUCUCCGGCAUUAUGUUCAGAAACCAAGCCCCAGGAAAAUGUAUUUGUCUGGAUAUGGUGUGGAACUUGCAAUAAAGAGUACAGAAUACAAAGCAUUGGAUGACAUACAGAUUAAAGCCACAAAUGACACAACGGAAGAGGAAGAUGAUGAGGCAGGUGAAGUCCAGGGAUUUCUCUUUGGCAAAUUAAAACAGAUGUAUCCUGACCUUAAAGAUAAUCUGAAGGAGUUCAGAAAACACCUAAUUAAAAGUACUAAUAACUGGGAACCGCUGAAGGUCUGGGAGCUACAAGAUCUAAGUUUUCAAGCAGCUUCUCAAAUUAUCUCCACCCCUGUUUAUAGUGCCUUAAAGGUAAUGAAAGACAUUGCUCAGAACUUCCCAAUAAAGGCCAGAUCUUUGACCAGAAUUCCUGUAAACCAACAAAUGCGAAAUGAAAUAGAGAAGAAUCAGAAGCAUUUCCAUGAAAUACUCGGAAUUCAGCCUGGAGAGGCACAUUUAUUUCUAAAUGGUCUUCCUAUUGACCUGGAUUUUCAUGAUCCGUUUAGUAUUUUGGAAACUCUUAAACUGGAAGGAAAAGUGCUUCAUGGGCUUCAUGACCUUGGAAUCAAAGAGGAGGCCUUCAGCAAAUUUAUGAGAUUACAGAUCCAUCCUGUGGAUCCCGAUGACAGUUGCGUAUUAGAUAUUCGUCACUCUUCGAUAAUAUGGGUCAAUAACAUAGAAAAAGAUCACAUCUACAACAAAUGGACCACAAGUUUCCAGGAACUGCUUAAGCAAACCUAUCCAGGAGUUAUACGACAGAUUAGGCGCAAUUUGUAUAAUUUGGUACUAUUUUUUGAUCCUGUCCAGGAACAUGCAGCUGAUUUUGUUAAACAAGCAGAAUUAUUCUAUCAUCACAACAUACCACUUAGAAUUGGAUUUGUUUUCAUCUUAAAUACUAAUGAAGAAAUUGACGGGAAUGAGGAUGCUGGAGUAGCUCUUUUGAGAGCUUUCAACUAUAUUGCAGAAGAAUCUGAUACUUCUCAAGCUUUUAUCUCCAUGAUAAAUAUGUACCAUGAAAUGAAAGAUGGAGAAGUUUUCACUGUGAACCAUGUGAGGAAUGUUCUUAGAAAUGAGUUCCCUCAUGCUGACAUUCAGAGUAUAUUGGGUGUUAACUCUGAAUAUGAUGAGAAAAGGAAGGCAGGAGUAGCCUUUUAUAAAAAGACCGGCCUGGGUCCAUUGCCUCAAGCUCUGUUUAAUGGUGUGCCCUUUAAUGGUGAAGAGAUGGCUGCUGCAGAAUUAGACACAGUUAUUCUCCAGAGGAUCAUUGAUGCCAUGGGGUUUUUCCAGAGGGCAGUUUUCAUGGGCUUGCUAAAUGAUCAUAUGGAUGCGGUAGAUUUCCUCAUGGAUCAGCCUAAUGUAGUUUCCCGUAUAAAUCCCACUAUUCUUGGCACUAAGAGAAGAUUCAUAAAUUUCAUAUCCACGUCAGUUCCUGUUGGUGUGGAGGAUUUCUCCACUUUCUCCUUUUUGGACUCACAAGAUAAGAGUGCUGUAAUUUCAGAGAACAUGAAGUAUUUAACAAAAAAAGAUGAAGAUGUAAUAUAUGCAGUUACCAUCUGGAUUAUUGCUGAUUUUGACAAGCCACCGGGGAGACAUCUGCUUUCUAAAGCUUUGAAACACCUGAAAACAAGCAGUCAUAUGCGGCUUGGGAUUGUGAACAAUCCAGUAUCAAAAAUAACGGAAGAUAACACAGCUAUUGCAAGGGCAAUUUUGACCGCCUUUUUAACACAGAAAAACAGCAGCUUAAAAAGUUUCCUAAGUAAGAUAGCUAAGGAGGAGACAGCAAAAGCCCUUGCUACAGGAACUAAAAUUAAGAAAUUGCUUGUUCCGGGAAUGGAUGACAGUACUUUUGAGAAGAAAUACAACACUUUAGGAACGGAUAUAAUUCAAACUCACCAAAUGUUCUGUCAAGAAGUUCUUAAACUGCUUCCUGGGCAAAUGGCUGUUGUCAGCAAUGGGAGGGUCCUGGGUCCUUUGGAUGAAAAUGAGUUCUUUACUGAAGAUUUUCAUUUGUUGGAAAAGAUAACAUUCAGUACCUCAGCAGAGAAGAUUAAAAGCGUUGUCAGAGAGAUGGGGAUCAGCUCUAAACAUGGCAGUGAUUUGAUUAUGAAAGUGGAUGCCCUUCUGUCUUCAUUGCCUAAAACAGUCAUUAGACAAAAUAUUGAAUUUCUCAAAGAGCAACACAGCAUAGUAAAAAUAGAUCCUCAACAGAAUGAACCAUUCUAUGAUGUUGUUGCUAUUGUUGAUCCUUUAACAAGAGAAGCACAGAAGAUGGCACAUUUAUUGAUUGUACUUGGAGAUAUUGUCAACAUGAAACUGAGGCUGUUUAUGAACUCUAGAUCUAAAUUGUCAGAAGUACCUUUGAAGAGCUUUUAUCGUUUUGUUCUGGAGCCAGAACUGACCUCUGGGGCCAAUAACCGCUUUCCUUCUGGACCUGUGGCAAAGUUCCUAGAGAUGCCAGAAACACUACUUUUGACUCUAAACAUGAUCAUUCCUGAAAGCUGGUUGGUUGAAGCAGUAAACAGUUCUUAUGAUCUCGAUAACAUUCAUUUACAGGAUGUAGAAGGAAUUGUUACAGCAGAGUAUGAACUGGAAUAUCUAUUACUUGAAGGACAUUGCUUUGAUAUGACCACUGGACAACCUCCUCGGGGAUUACAGUUCACUCUAGGCAUGAAGAAUAAUUCUGUUAUGUUUGACACCACUGUGAUGGCCAAUCUGGGGUAUUUUCAGUUGAAAGCAAAUCCAGGUGCGUGGACAUUGAGAUUACGCGAAGGAAGAUCGGAAGACAUCUACCACAUAUUUGUCCAUGAAGGAGCAGAUUCUUCAGUCCAGCUGGAAGAUGUUAUUGUAGUAUUAAACAACUUCAAGAGCAAAAUCCUCAAAGUCAAAGUAAAAAAAAAACCUGAUAAAAUUGAUGAAGAUCUCCUUAGUGUUGGGGUUACAGAAAAAAAAGGAGCAUGGGAAUCCAUUACAAGUUUUUCAGAUCUUCAAACAGAAGAAAAAGAGAAGAAAAAGUAUGUUCUAAAUAUUUUUUCGGUUGCUUCAGGCCAUUUAUAUGAACGCUUUUUAAGAAUUAUGAUGCUUUCCGUUCUGCGUCAUACCAAGACACCUGUUAAAUUUUGGUUUCUGAAAAAUUAUCUUUCUCCUACAUUUAAGGAGAUUAUUCCUCACAUGGCCAAAGAAUAUGGAUUCCAGUAUGAACUGGUACAGUAUAAGUGGCCCCGCUGGCUUCAUCAACAGACUGAAAAGCAAAGAAUUAUCUGGGGUUACAAAAUUCUUUUUCUAGAUGUUCUUUUUCCACUGGCUGUGGACAAAAUAAUAUUUGUUGAUGCCGACCAGAUUGUGAGAAGUGACCUCGAAGAACUUAGAGAUAUAGAUCUAAAUGGAGCUCCCUAUGGAUAUGUCCCCUUUUGUGACAGUCGCACAGAAAUGGAUGGAUUCCGUUUCUGGAAAUCAGGGUAUUGGGCAUCACAUCUUGGAAAAAGGAAAUACCACAUAAGUGCCUUAUAUGUUGUGGAUCUUACGAAGUUCAGAAAGAUUGCUGCAGGAGACAGACUUCGGGGCCAAUACCAGGCUCUCAGUCAAGAUCCAAACAGUCUAUCAAACUUAGAUCAGGAUCUUCCCAAUAACAUGAUUCAUCAGUUGGCCAUUAAGUCUCUCCCUCAAGAAUGGCUCUGGUGUGAAACCUGGUGUGAUGAUGAAUCCAAGAAAAAGGCUAAAACAAUUGAUUUGUGCAAUAACCCUAAAACCAAAGAACCCAAACUAAAGGCUGCAUUGAGGAUAGUCCCAGAAUGGGUUCAGUAUGACUCUGAAAUACAAAAACUAAUAAAGCAACUUGAAAACGGGAAGAAAAACUUGACUCAGUCUUCUCAAAAAGUUUUUCAACAUGAUGAACUUUAGCAUCAUUUCCAAAAGGUAGCUGUGGUGGCACAACUGAAUCUUCUACAUGAGAUGGAAUGGAAGAUGUACAUACUGCGGAGGCACUAUUCUGAACAUUUCAUCAAUAUGUGAAGUCAAACUUUUUAUAAUUAAUAUGUUGCUUAAAGCAUUCAAACAGAUUGGGAAGAAAAGAUAAUGUAAGAUCAGUAUAUGAAUAUUUUAUAGUUUUGUUUUUACCAAGGUAUGUGGGCUUUCCUAUUUUGUUGAUUUCCCACCCCUCCCCCCACCAAAGACAGCUGAUAUAUAGGACCUGGUCCUGCAUCCCUCCCAUACCCAAAACUCCCAAUUUAUAAGGAAUGCUGGAUUGGACCCUUUAAAUUUAAAUUGUAUGGGGAUUUUUUUCAGAUUGCCUGGUUGUCGUCAAUGAAUGUUACGCAUUGUCAGAUGUUUAAAGGGAUACUUGAAAAUAAUCAAAGUUGAGCAUAUUCAAACUCUGUAGUAUAAUGUACAUGCAUCAGUUUUUUCUUGUAUAAGAUGUACUGUGUUUCACAAGAAAAAUUCACAGCACUGCAAGGGGCAGUUGUAAAACAGUUUUUUAUUGAAAUCUAGAACUUUGAACCAAUCCAAAAUAUUUAAAAUCAAUUUCAAAGUUUAUAAAACCAAGGAUGUGAUUUUAAAUUUAUUGUGCAAGCUUGAUGUACUAAGUUAUCUGUUUUUAAAAAGUCAACUUACAGCCAGUCACACUUCAUUAUUUAUUUUGUUACAUAUUAAUCCAAAACAAGCUCUGUAACAAAAGAUAUUUUAAAAUUUCAGUAGAGUCUAUUCUUUUAUAUGUUCACUUCCUUUAUCAUAUUUGAAAUACAGCACUAUAACUGUGUUCCAUAAUUAUUCUGUCUGAAAACAAGAUCAGAAUGCAUCCAACAGAGAAUUAGGCUAGAUUUCAGAGAUUGGAACAGUGUGCUUGAAACACAGAAUCUAUGAGCAUUUUAAAAAAACUUAAACAGCACUAGAAGAACCGUCUUACAUAAGGCCAGAUUCUACUGUUGACUAUAUGUGCACAGCUCUCAUUGACUUAAUAUGUGUAAGAGAGCAAAUGAUACUGUAUAUUUAAAAAGGAAACAUCUUCCUAGUCAAGAACUUGCUGUUUUUCUUGAGAUUUUACUUACGUCCUUUUGUGUUCAUGUGCACUGUUUUGCAAUGAUUUUUUUCUUGAAAUUUCAAGUUUCAGAUCUCUACUAUGAAGCUUUUGUUAAAUUAAGAGCUAGAGUUCUACAUCUUUAAAGCAGUUAUUUGUCUCUGUGAGCAUUAUUCCUUAGCUGGCUGGGAAAUUUCUCUUACAAAGCCAUAAAAAGUUUAUAAUUUGCAUAUAGAUUUUUGUUCAUUUUAUGUGAAAGCCUCUACUCAACAUCCCAUUUAAUUGGAAUAAGAUUAAAUGUUAAGAAAACAGAUCUAGUUUUCUUUGAGAGAGUGUUUAAACGAUAUCUAUUUUCUAAAAUAAACAAUUUGUUGGAACUGUUUAAAAGAUUUAGUGGGACAGAUGCCUUAUUUUAUGCAGUGUUUUACAGGUGAUAUUUUACAACUUUUUUUUCUAUUUCUAUUUAUGGAAGCAUAUUUUCAAGAAAAGGCCCACUAAUAUGAAACCUUCAGUUUGAAAUGCUGUUUUGCUUGUAAAAUAAAGGGCUCCAAUAAAUACAAUCACUACUUCUCAAAGACUUCAAUAAAAGCAGCACUUCAGUCAUCAUAGAAUAUCAUUUUAUAUUUUAUGAUAAAAGAAACCAGCUGUAUAUGUUAUACAAAAUAUUAAAGAUGCCACUGAUGGCCUAAUAAAACAAAAUAAUUGUACCUUCA